AUGAGUCCGUGCUGCCCGAGCCUCUCUACCAUUUUACGCAUCUUGGAGGCGCUAUUCUGCGGACUGGCUCUGCUGAUCCCGAUGAUCCGCGGCUGGAUGCGAAACCCUUACGGCGUGUGGUGCGAGUUCGUGUGGCUGCUCGGUCUGGCCAUCGCCGUGGCCAUCUUCUUCAUUGAGAAGUUCCUCUGCGAUAAGCUGUUCGAGCUGAUCGUUCUGCAGCACAGCUGGACGGAUCUGACCUGUGGACUCUCGCUGCAGAUGGCCGUCAUGCUGCUCUCCGCUUCAGCUCUCUACUUCUGGGUUUUCGUCUGUAAGUGGUGCAUGCUCAACAUCUUUUGUGCCAUUUUCUCAACCCUGGCGUUCAUCAUCUACACCCUGGAUGCCGUCAAGGCCAAGGUACAGUGUCCGGAGGGGUACCUGUCCAGCAUUCGCGGGCUUCUCCGAUUCGGCCAAGCAUUUGUGGCUUGCAUAACUCUGACUGCUCUAGCGGACUACUUUAUGCAUUCCAUGAAUCGUUUUAGUAUGCCACCACCCAUGGCGUGGUGCAUCGUGGUCUACGUGGUCUGUUUCUUGGCGUCUGUACUGAUCAUAUUGAUCCAGCUGAUUAAAUUGCUCAGAGGGUUGGUCUGCUGCUUCCUGGACAAGCUGGAGAUGGUGUUCGACAUCAUAGCCGUGGUUCUGUAUGGGUCUGCUGCCAUCAUCUUUCCCAUCUACGCGUACAAACACUACUGGAGCCACCACGACCACAAGUACAACAUCUAUAACCAGAGCUUAAUUGACCUGCACAUCGCAACAGUGCUGACCUACGUGAACCUGGGUUUAUAUGUGGUGGAUCUGAUCUGGUUGCUGAUUGCUAGUUGUCGAAGUUAA